UCAAUGCUUGGAAAAUUCUGAUGAUCAGCUAACAAAAACUCCCUUUCUUCAUAAAACAAACUGUUCCAGCAUUUCAAUUGAAAAGGAAAUCUCAAAACAGUGUUGCCUCAAAUCAACAUGUACUGUUCUAAAGAGUCUUUCUAACAAAUCGUUCCUUCUGUAUAACACAACCAUCAUUUUCUGGUCAUUAGGUGACGCUGCGUGUAUAUUCCACUUACCAAAUUAUGCAGAGGUGAUGGGAAGUUCUCCAACAGCAGCUUCAAAUCUGUUAAGUGCAUUGGGUGCCGGGGGCGUGUUUGCGAGGUUUAUUAUAGGACUUUGGGCCUCCGAUUCCAGCAUGGAAUUUUCAGUGCUCCAAGUGGGUUUCCUUGGCAUUACUGGGGUGAUUACAGUUCUGUUUCCUCUGAUGUCGGAUACCUACCGCUGGCAACUUGGUUUUAGUUUCUUUUACGGGGUUUACAGUCAUGGGACGAAUUCAUUAAUGGGUCCCUUCGCAAUAGAGCUGGCGGGUUUGGCGACCGUUGCUGUUGGAUUUGGUGUGGUAUACUUCUCAUGUGGAGUGGGAUACCUUCUUGGACCUGUCAUCGCGAGUUUCAUUUACGAAAGCUCGGGGUUGUACGAUUAUACGUUCAUUUUUGCAGGUAUAUGUUUCCUGUUGAGUUCUAUAUCAACAGCAGCAAUAACGGUGUGUAGGAAGAGAAGAGAACUCUGAGAGAACCUUCAAAGUGUCUACUUAAACAACAUACUCUGUGACUGAAGAUCAAGAAAAGUGUGAAACAAUGCUCAGUUGUAUAGGGGUAACGCUGCUUUUCAGGGCAUUAUCAUUAG